ACAACAAAGAUGUCGGUGCAAUCGCUCGUCAGUCGUAAGAAAAAGAGUUUCAUUGGAUUACCAGCUCCUCUUGGAUAUGUCCCUGGUCUCGGACGUGGAGCAACUGGUUUUACAACACGAUCUGAUAUUGGUCCUGCAAGAGAUGCCGAUGAUAUUUCAGAUGAUCGCCAUGGUCCACCAGUAAAGAAACCGCGGGAUGGUGAUGAUGAGGAGGAAGACCUUAAUGAUGCUAACUAUGAUGAGUUUACCGGAUACGGAGGAAGUUUGUGCAGCAAGGACCCAUAUGACAAAGAUGAUGAGGAAGCGGAUGCAGUGUACGAGGCAGUUGACAAACGCAUGGAUGAAAAGCGCAAGGAACGUAGGGAGAAAAAACUACAAGAGCAGAUUGAGAAAUAUCGGCAGGAGAGGCCUAAGAUUCAGCAGCAGUUUUCUGAUUUAAAGAGAGACCUGGCAGAUGUCAGCAUGGAUGAAUGGCUCAACAUCCCGGAAGUCGGUGAUGCGAGGAACAGAAAACAACGCAACCCCAGGGCAGAGAAGUACACCCCAGUGCCAGACAGCGUGUUGUCGAGAGCCGCAGCACAGACUGGAACUUCCAAAGUUCUUUCAGAACACGAUCAGAAAUUCGGAGGUCUUAACACACCAUAUGGCACUAACACGCCGGGUGGGUCAACUCCAGGAGACAUUGAUAUGAAGAAAAUUGGGCAGGCGAGAAACACACUGAUGGACAUUAAGCUAACACAGGUAUCGGACUCUGUGAGUGGACAGACAGUUGUGGACCCGAAAGGCUACUUGACGGAUCUCCAAUCUAUGUUGCCAUCACACGGUGGGGAUAUCAAUGAUGUGAAGAAAGCUCGGCUCCUGUUAAAGUCUGUCCGGGAGACAAAUCCCAAACAUCCGCCGGCGUGGAUCGCGUCUGCACGUCUAGAAGAGGUGACGGGGAAGAUUCAGGCAGCAAGAAAUCUCAUCAUGAAGGGCUGCGAGGAAUGUCCGAAAUCAGAGGAUGCUUGGUUGGAGGCAGCCAGGCUUAUGCCCGGGGACCAGGCUAAAGCUGUAGUUGCCCAGGCAGUGCGACAGCUCCCCCAGUCUGUAAGAAUCUGGAGCAAGGCUUCUGACCUGGAAACAGAACUCAAGGCAAAGAAAAGAGUGUUCAGAAAAGCUCUUGAGAACAUACCAAACUCUGUGAAGUUGUGGAAACUUGCUGUCGAAAUGGAGGAUGAGGAAGAAGCUCGAAUCAUGCUUAGCAGAGCUGUUGAGUGCUGCCCCACUAGUGUUGAGCUCUGGUUAGCCUUGGCCAGGUUGGAGAACUACUCCAAUGCCCGUAAAGUGUUAAACAAGGCCCGUGAAAAUAUCCCCACUGAUCGACUCAUAUGGGUCAGUGCUGCUAAGCUGGAAGAAGCCAAUAAUAACAUACCAAUGGUGGAAAAAAUCAUUGAAAGAGCACUAAACUCUCUCCGCGCCAACAUGGUCGAGAUCAACAAAGAGCAGUGGUUAAAAGAUGCCGAGGACUGUGAGAAAUCAGGGAGCAUGCACACCUGCCAGGCCAUUGUUCAAGCAGUGAUAGGUAUUGGUGUUGAAGAGGAAGAUAAGAAACACACAUGGAUGGAAGAUGCAGAAUCUUGUGCGGUCCAUGGUGCAUACGAGUGUGCCCGCGCCAUCUAUGCCUAUGCUCUUUCAGUUUUCCCCAGUAAGAAAAGCAUCUGGCUGCGAGCUGCAUACUUUGAGAAGAACUAUGGAACAAGGGAGUCUUUGGAAGCUCUUUUACAGAGAGCUGUGGCUCACUGCCCGAAAGCCGAGGUCCUUUGGCUGAUGGGAGCAAAGUCUAAGUGGUUGGCUGGUGAUGUCCCGGCUGCUAGGAGCAUCUUAGCACUGGCGUUCCAGGCCAACCCUAACAGUGAAGAGAUUUGGUUGGCGGCUGUGAAAUUGGAGUCAGAAAAUAACGAGUUUGAACGUGCCAGACGUUUGUUGCAGAAGGCAAGAGCUAGUGCUCCAACUGCUCGAGUGUUCAUGAAGUCUGUGAAGCUGGAAUGGUGUAUGGGUGAAAUAAACAACGCCAAAUCCCUGCUGGAAGAUGCCACAAAACACUACCCUGACUUCCCUAAGUUAUGGAUGAUGAAAGGUCAGAUUGAGGAACAAGAGGGACAUCUAGUAGAAGCCAGGGAGGCUUAUAACCAGGGGUUAAAGAAAUGUCCACACGCCAUUCCCCUGUGGUUGCUUCUGUCACGCCUGGAAGAGAGGUCUGGGCAGCUGAUAAAGUCUCGGUCUAUACUAGAGAAGGCUCGUCUGAAGAACCCGCAGACUCCAGAACUCUGGUUGGAGGCAGUGCGUCUUGAAAACCGUGGCGGAAUGCGGAACAUUGCCCAGAACCUCAUGGCAAAAGCUCUGCAGGAGUGUUCAAGCUCGGGUAUUCUGUGGUCGGAGGCCAUCUUCAUGGAGCCUCGACCCCAGAGGAAGACAAAGUCAGUGGACGCUCUCAGACGGUGUGAGCAUGACGCAAAUGUACUGCUGGCAGCCUCAAAAAUGUUCUGGUCUGAGCGUAAGAUCGGCAAGGCUCGGGAAUGGUUUAAUCGGACUGUGAAGAUUGACCAGGAUAACGGUGAUGCAUGGGCAAACUUCUACAAGUUUGAACUAAUGCAUGGAGAUGAGGAAACGCAGACCAAUAUCCUCAAGCGCUGCACAAAUGCCGAACCUCGACACGGUGAACACUGGUGUGUUGUGUCGAAAAACAUCAAAAACUGGCGUCUCAAAGUGGAAGAGUUACUUCCCUUAGUGACAGAAGCCUUGCCAAUACCAACAUAGUUUCCUCCCCUGAUUCAGAAAGAUUAAAUGUGAUGUCAGGAUUUUUGAAAUGUCUAUGUAGUUAUUGGUCCCUUGGGUCUGGUAUUAAAACUGCGAGCUAAAGUUGUGCUAUGACCAUUUAUAAACUUUCAACAUAGUAUCCCUUUAAGCAGGUCAUUUUUUUUUAAAUCUCUGCAUAGUUGAGUUACCUUUGUGGAGGAGCUGAAAAUUGUGAAAAUCAAGUUGAAAGCCAUUAUUUAUGAACAAUCGACAUAGUUAUCUCCCUUGGAGCAGGAAAUGAAGACAUGAUGGCAUUAUUCAUGAACUGUAGCAACAGAGUUCCCUCUCUUGGGUCAGAAGUUAACAAGGUGAUGACAUAAUUCAUUUACUAUCACCAUAGCAAAAGCAAGAUUGUCAUUGUGAAUGUAAUAAUGUGAAUAAGGAUUAAAACAAACCAAAUAUUACCACAUGUAUCAGUCAUCAAAAUUAGAUUUUUGUAUGAACAAGCCCGAAUUUUUAUACUCUUGCUUGGUGUCAAAUUCCCGAACAAGCCCUGCUGUAUAAAAUUCAGAAUUUGAGCAAGCCCGGAAGACACUUUACCAGUGCAGGGCUUGCGGGCUUGUGCUAAUUUCGACAACUGAUGUAUACAACCGUGCUGAAAAUAAUCUAAAUGUUUAUAUAUGUAUAUGCUGUAGAUUUAUUUGUUAUUGUAAUGGUUUUAUUUCACUUAUAUUUCUGAUAAAUUUUGUCCCAUUCAGAUAUUUUUUCUCGAAAUACAAUAUGAAAAAGCCUACAGCAAGCUAUUAAAAUUAUUAUUAUCAAGGUGUCGGAUUUGUUUUUCAGAAACUCUCUGCCAGCUUGAAUAAACAAGUCAAGAAAAACAUCAUUCAUAAUCAUUAUUUCGACCUCUGAUUUAACCACAGCUCUAUCAAUUUAUGGCUAUUAAAUGAUGACAAUAUUAUGCCUUGAUACGUAAAAAUUAUAAAUAUUCGCUAUAAUGUUGAAAUGAGGAUUUUUAAUGAUGAAAAAAAAACGAAUCUUAUUUAAUAAUAUUUAACUGCAUGAGUGUUAAUACAAUGAAACUAUCAAUACAACAUAAAUAGGCUAAUAUAGUAUUUGAGACAAAUAAUUCAUUAUCAAAAAUGCAAAGGUACAUGUAUUGGGCCACGAGUUAUACCAACCUCAAUUACGGCCCUCUCCAAAAAAAUCGAAUAGAAUAAUGAAUAAGAAAGAAAUCUAUCCUUCAUAACAAUUUAUCUAUAAUAUAGACUUAGCUUAAUUGUGAGUGACAAAUUUUUUUCAUGUGUUUUUUUGUUUCGGAGAUAUUCAUUAUACUUCCAUGUUUUGUCUCUAAUGUUACAGAAUAAAUGUCAUUGUCUGUAAAUUGUGUUUUAAUUAGUUUUCUGCUAGUCUGUUAAAUCUGUGGUCAGCAAUGCAGAAAGUAACUCUUUUUUUCCCUCCCAAAAAACAUGCUAUGGCCAUGGAACUUGGUAACUUGC